GACAGAGCCACGAGAAAAGCAGAGAAGCUGAGACCAGCUCAGAAACCUCUAACUCUCCAGCUGAAGCUGGUGCUCCUCUUCUCCACCAUGCAGGUCUCUGCAGUCAUUCUGUGCCUGGCGCUCACAGCAGCUACCUUCAACACCCUCCUGCUGGCUCAGCCAGAUGGAGUUAAUGCCCCAGCCUGCUGCUAUAAAUUUAACAAAAGGAUCCCGCUGAGGAAGGUGGUGAGCUAUGUAAAGGUCACCAGCAGCAGGUGUCCUAAAGAAGCCGUGAUCUUCCAGACAAUAGCGAACAGGGAGAUCUGUGCUGACCCCACUGAGAAGUGGGUCAAGGACUACAUUGCCAAAGUGGACCAGAAUACCCAACUGAAACAGAAUUCAACUGCACCAGCAACUUCAAUCCCCUUGAACGCUAGCUUCACAACCCAAGAGCCCAAGAACCUGUAGCUAAUUUAUCUAGCAUUGUAUUUCCUCAAUAACCUCUGAUACUAGUAUGAACUUUAUUAAUAAGAAAUGUGAUUCCUUAAGUGAUAUUAAUCUUAUUUAACUUAUUGGUGUUUUAUUUUUAUACUUGGGAACUUUGUUUUCUUUCUAUGAAACCUAAUUCUACACCUAGGAUGUUAUUGAGGUCUUCGCAAGGAUCUUCAAUGCCAAAAAAUUUUGUUUUAAAUUUCAAAA